AUGUCUGAGCUCUCUCUCGACCAGCAGGACGCAGAGUCCAUCUCCUCAGUGGACAGCUUUGACCCAGCCCCCACUCUGGUCCAGAAGACAAUCACUAGAGACGAAGCACUUGAGCAAGCCAGCGAGAAUAUCGCCAAGAUGGGCAAGUCAAAGUUUGUUGACAAGCUUUUGAAGCCAGCGGAGUCGAAGUGGCUGACCGAACCCAUUCUUCGCGUCCUCCCUCCUGAGGUGAAGCACACCGUUCGCGACUGGUGCCUGAGUCACGACCCGAUGUGGUUUAACAAACUUUCCGAGUUCAUCGACGAAGAUAUCUCCGAAUGGGAGUAUGCCGUUGAAGUCCCCAACCGACGGAAGGAUAUGGCCUGGUGUGGCAUGGGCGCUGACAUCCUCCGCUUUUACGUUGCAGAUCUGAAGCCUCUACGUAGAGGACUUCCAGAGCCGGAGCGUCGAGAGAUCGUGAAUAAGGUCCGGCGAGGAGUUGCCCUCUUUGCCGACUUUCAUGACGAGAAGAUGAAAGCGAUGGAACUGGAGGCGCACGACCUUGAGAAGCAGGAGCGUGACUCCAUGGAAAUCGAGCGCGGCGCUUUCGCUACUGCAUUUGAACUCCAAAAUGAAGCCAUCGCUGAUUAG